CGAUGUUUUUCGAAGUGUGUCAUUUCCCCAUCUUUCAUCUGAUUCGGGGGUGAUUUUGUUACUUCCGGUGGUGAAGUCUGCUUGCUGUGCAUUCAAAGUCCGGUGAUUUGACAACAUAGGAUGAAGCUCGCUCGGGCUUUCUGAUUGAUUUGUCAAGUCACCGUACUCUGAUUGCAUGGUGUGGUACAUUUUGGACUCUGGCAGGGGAAGAAGAAACCAGUCAUGGGAUAUCUUUCGAGAUGCUCUCUACGUUGCUUUCCUUGUAACCAUCCUCUUUGUGGACUAAGUCGGAGUUCGUAGAGAUAUAGAUUUCUGACCGUGAUGGUGUUGGUCACUGAUCGUUUGCUUGGGGAUGAGAGCAAUACAUUCCAAUGUCUUCUCUUCCGAUGUUCAUGUUUGAGUGCUGCUGGAUCCCCUGCAUCACGUCUCGUUCUUCAAUUGAAUUCAAUUUUUAUGUGGCGUCCGAUUGAGAUGGAGCUACGACCCUUGGGGUGUAAAGUGUAGUUAUGGAUGCCAUUUCGUUGCAGAUUGCUUGCUUGCGAGUCAUCACUAAGCGAGUUCAUAAGUUCAUUACAUUCCAGGGUUCGCUAGAUCUAAAGCGAGUAUAGACCGGCACUCCCUGUCUCGUGGCGUCACUUGAAGAUUAGCGGCAAAAAGUGGGGUGGGAUGAGACCGGGAGGCCGUAGGGAACUCGAGGAAUCAUUCAUUAGCGUAUACUUAAUACAUUCUGGCACUACUUCCUUUGGACUACGGCGGCAGGCUCAGAGGACAGCUAGGACUAAACUUGUCAGCUAUGCAAUGUUGCCUGGAGAUCAGAUCCGAGACCGUCGAGGACAGAUGCCUGGAACAGGGGAAGAUGGAUAGAGGCCAUUAAGGUCUAGAGAUUUGGAAAGAUUGGAGAAAGUCAGGAAUGCCGAGAGCUCGUCGGCCGACAUUCUCCGAGUCUGGACCCAAACCGCAUCCGCAUCCUCGAGUUUCAGUAUUCGGCACGUUGAUGCCUUUCUGUACUUGUCGUACCUCCUCGUCUGCUCUAGACUGUGUUUCAUUCCUGUCCUUGGAGCUCGCAGAUUGAGAAACAUGGCAAUUUGUGCCAUUGACAGGGCCAGAUGUGGAAUAGAUGCACGUAAAAUAUUGACAUGCGGUGCCCACGGUGUAAGCACGUGCAUUUCACCAGGAAGGCGUUUCUUCUUUCUCUCAGCUGCUGUGCGCCAACUCACUCACUCACUCACAUGCGGGCAUCUUGAAGAUCUUGCACAAACAGAGGACAGAUGGUGCAAUCAUUUUCCUAGCGGUGUUCAGUUCUCAUCCACCGCUUUGUCUUGUGCGUUUUCACGUCUCAAGAGGAGACAUGGAUCAGUUGACCGCUGUCUAGAUCCAUGCACCCGUCGAGCUCGAGCUCCGUCUUCCCUACUCCAUCCCAUGUGAUGACAACUUCACAGAAUGCCCUGCCAUUGCAUGACUUCCUUUUCUGAGCCCUCGUGGGCAUUAAUGUACUCUCGUUGCCUUUUCAAUAUUGUAGAGAGAGACCUGGACUUUUAAAAAUCCCUGUUCUAUUGUUGGAGUAGUUUUAGAAUCUGACUAUCAUAAACCCUUUCAUUUCCAUAUAUAAGUAGAUUUUUUUUGUACAAUCCCCUUGUGAUUGCGGACAAGGUGAUCCAGGGAUGGUUAGACGUAACCAGGGCUGGCAGAGUGGUGAAAUUUGGUGUGGUUUAAGU